AUCAGGGCAGGACCGCCGCAUCCCGGAUCUGCCAGCCCUUUCAUCCAAAUUCAACAUUUUUGCUUUUUUCCCUGCUCCCUCCCGCUUUUUGGUUGCUGCACCUAAGAGAGCAUUACGGGGUACAAGCUCAGCUGGAGAUCCACAUUGUGGAUGUGGCUGCCAAAACACCUCCGAGGGGAAAGUGACGGACGGAGCGGAACCAAAUCACCGGGAUUUCAUUCCAUUUGACAUCUCCCGUGAGGAUUCUUCCUUUUUUUCACACUGUCUUAAUUUGUAUCAGGGUCCUUCUACAGAUAUUGCCUCCUCAAAUUUGAAUGAUCAUUCUAGGACCACUUCAAACCGAUGCGUAACAGCUGGGAUCUUUUUCUUGGAAUACCGGAAUACUGCGUAGCACAUAAAUCAAGCAUCCUGUUUUUUCCACUAACUGCUUCAUUUGCUUGGAAAUAGCUUGGAGAUAGACUAAAAGCAACCCAGGACCUUUCACUUUGCUCCCGAGGCGAGACGUCGAUAGCCCGAAGCGCACUUUGCAGCGCAAUUCUUCCUCCGAGGACCUGUUUUGCGCUGUCUGCCCCUCCACUAAAAUUGGCAGACGAACCGAGAAAAGGGCAAAAAGGCUUGUGAAGUGUUGGAUUUAAAUCGAUACGCCCGGAACAAGAAGAAGAGGAUAAAGUUGAUCUGCAUUUGACGUCGAAACUGCUGGAUUGGAGCAGAAUGAAGGUUUUCUAAUUGGGAGCACACAGCCUCCUCGGUGCUACAAAUCUGCAUGGAGCUCUAGCCUGCACUACGGAACAAUUUAUGGGUUUCAUGGCCAGGAGAUGUGCUUGACUGGCUGUGUGGAGCCACGCAGUGCACUGAGCCAGGCUUAGCAGCGCGACCCCCCCAGCACAGGUUGGCCGCAGAACUCCCCCGGCUGUCGUACCAUUCCCACCUCGCCAUGCUGGCCUGUCUGCAGAGGAGGCAGAACCCUCCACCCCAGCACCCAGUGUGUGUCAGCAAGAGCUUGGAGCCACCGCAAUCCCUUGGACACAAAUGUGAGCUAGUGGGGCCUACGCAUUCCCCCCGCUAUCCCACUGCGGCAGAACUUGAUGCCUACGCUCAGAAGACGGCCAAUAGCCCUCUGUCUAUCAAGAUCUUCCCCACCAACAUCAGGGUUCCCCAGCACAAGCACCUUAACCGGACUGUGAAUGGAUAUGACACCACAGGCCAGCGCUACAGCCCCUACCCACACCUCCACACUGGGGGCUACCAUGGCCUGCUUGCCAUCGUCAAGUCCUCUUCCUCCUCCUCAUCAUCAUCCACUUCUACUUUUGUCCCAUCAAAAGGUGUUCUCAAGAACUCCGAAGGCAGACGGACUAAGUUGUCUCCAGCCCACAUUGCUGUCGCCCCUUAUCCACCUAGUAGUAGCACUUUAGUCAGUGGCCCCAGCCAGAUGGUUUACCAAACUGGGCCCACGAAGCCUCCAGAGGGACCCGGGCUGUCGGUUCCUCCAAAUGUCACUGUAGCUGGCUCAGUGAUUCCUGUUGCAGGGGGACGUGGCCUCACCCUACCCGCACAGUCCAACCUCCCUUCCAUUCAAAGCAUCAUUUACCAGAUCAACCAGCAUUGCCAAGCUCAGGCUCUGCAGCAGGUGUGUCAGGGGGCACCACCUUCCAAUUCCAGCCCCUCCAAGCAGGGCACAACAGUCAUGGGGGUCUCCUCCAGCUCCUCAGGUGGAGGCUAUGUUGUGGGAAUGGGGCCACAGCCCAACAUGGUGUACACAGGUCCCAGCCUGCCGCCACAGAACACAGAGGGGGUAAAGAGUGGGGUGUACGCAGAUGGCAUGGACUACAUCCUCUGGCAGAAGCAGCAGCAGCAACAGCAGCAGCAGCAACAGGCCAUGCUCAGAAUGUACAGCGGGGGCAGUGGAGGGGGAGGAGCUAUCAGCAAGUCCCCUGAAAGCUGCAUUCCAGUUGGUGGGAUCAUGGCAGGGCAAGUGUCCUCAUCCUCGUCCAGACCUUACCACAUGACAGCAAGUGCCAGCGGCGGAGGCGGUAUGGACAAAGUCAGCUCCUCCCCUUUGAACUGUGUCGGCAUGCAUGGGAAUUUCUCAGUGGGUCAGUACUUCGCCCCGCCAUGGAACAGUGUCCUGGUGACACCCGACAGUGACUGCUACAACCCCCAGGAGCUUCUGGCCAGCUCCACAGGUGGGUCGGUCACAGGGCACAGAGAAAUGGGCUACCCGCACCAUCCCUAUCACCACCACCACCACCACCACCACCAUCAUCACCCUGCCAUCGACAGCGGAGGGCGUUUGUGCUGCAGCCUGCCCAGCAAGAGCAUGUGCAACACGUCUGUGCUGAGCAGCAGCUUGCAGUCUCUGGAAUACCUGAUUAACGACAUCCACCCACCCUGCAUAAAGGAGCAGAUGCUUGGCAAAGGCUAUGAGACUGUGUCGGUACCGCGCCUGCUAGACCACCAGCACGCACACAUUCGCCUCCCCGUUUACAGAUAGAGGCGCAAAUGAAUCACAGGAAUCAAGUAGUGAAUUUGUAAAGAAAAUCGAAAGUGAGCGUGUGCACAUUUGCUUUAAUAACAAGCCUCGCAAGAAGAGCCGUCGUCGUGCUGUGUGACCUGAUCUUUGGUGGUUUCAAGUCAGACAGUGUGAAUCCCAAAUAAAAGAAAGGCGCUAGUGAUUGCAAGUGGGAGAGAAAAGGGAUUUCAAGAUUCUCCUGAUGAUCCAUUGUGUGGUUUGCUAAUAGGAAUUUUGGAUUGAUUUGUUUUUCUGUUUCCCUUUUUUUUUGUUGCUGAUGUUUUACUUGCCUGAACUUUUCUCUCUUUUUGUUAUUUUUCUGAUGGAAUCAUAGCUUGACAUGAAGUACAAACACCACUUGUACCCCCCUCCCCACCUUACAAAUACUAAGGAUGAAGCUACUGUGUAGGUUGUCACUGAAAUAAAUGGUCUUACAAGGACCAAAGAUUAGGGCUGCUCACAGCAUCCAAAACCGUAAGCAGACACGUGCAAAUGGAUGGAGACAGACUCAAUGAAAUUAUAGGCAGGACUCUAGUGUUCAAGAAUCAUCAAGUCAGAUUAGCAAAUGAUAGUUAAUGAUUAUUGAUGUUUUAAUUGAUACAUAAAUUGCACUGCUUGAAUCUUGUUAACUUUGAAGUUUGGAAUUGGGUAGUUUGGAUAUUAUAUAUUUAAGAAACUUGAAAAACUUGAACCUAUUUUAUGUUGUUUUAUAUAUUUGUAGGUAUAUUAUAUGCAUUGGCUGCUAUGGGGAAAGGUGUCUCUAAUGCUUUUUUUCCACUUGGUUUGUAUGAUUUUAAUAUUCCUCUUCAAGCUAACGUGCAGUUUCUUAUGUCCUGGUUUGAGGCAUAGUCGCUGCUUUGGUUCUGUAAGAACCUACUGUGUGAGAGAGCUUGUUCUUCUAACACUGGACAAUUAUGAAGGAGUGUUCUGGCCAUGCUGAAAAGAAAAAAUAACAAUUACACUAGUAAUGUUGCGAGAAUAAAGUUGUAUUUGUUUCACGUCAUAAUCUUACCAGACUAAAGUUGUAAUAUUUCAAUUAUAAAAGUAUCCUUUUAUUUAUAUGACGACUGUUGAGGCUCUUGCCAAGUUACACGUUAAGUCUCAGUUUCAUCAAAAAUGAAAUGAAAUAGUCAGUGUUUGGCACAUCAACAUCAUAAGCAGUAUGUUUUGUUUAAUGUCACUGCGUAAAUGUGUGUUCCUGCACAUGCUGAAAUCUCUUUUGUUGGGUUUAUUAGACCAACAUUACUACUUUUUUCUCGAACACAGUCGUCCCUUGCCACAGCGCGCUUUGAAUUUUGUGACUUCACUCUAUCACGGUUUUUCAAACAUAAAUUAAUUAAUAAAUCAUACUGUUUUGUAGAAUACAGCCUAUUUGUCUAAAAAUAUGCAUAUUUAAACACAUUGUGUGUAUUUUUUGCCUAAAUUAAGGAAUGUCAAGCAUUAAAAUGGUUAAAUGAAAUAUAGAUAUAAGCCAUUAAGAAGACGAUGAAAUUGUGAAUGUUGUAUUUUAUGUUGGUCGUAAAGUCACAGGGAACACAUUUAGUGCAACACACACAAGUCUUAUUUACAUUUUAUAUGAACUAUACUGGGUAGUACAAAUGUAAAGGUGACUAUAGGGCUGUUAUUUCAUGUCUGGAGGGCGCUAAUAAUGUUAAAAACCGUAUUUAGAAGAUUUUAAACAGGUUUUCUAUGCCAUAGCUACAAAAUAAUUCCAGUUAUAAAGAACGAAUCCCACUCUGCAGAAAUUCACUCAUCACGGUCGGGUUUGGAACCAGUUUAGCGUGAUAAAUGAGGGAUGACUGUAUUAGAAAAUCUUUUUCUUUUCAGUGUUGCCAUAAUACUCCAUUGUAACAAUAAAUCUUGAAACACUUAUUUAAAAGGAACAUAUGAAACGCAAGAGAAAGAAAUGUUGCAAUGACGAAUGUGACUGGAAGGUUGCCAACAUAACCAGACAUGUACGUUUGAUUAACGCAGGUAUGUGGUCGAGUGUAUGCGCGCGCAGAUGUGUAUGUCUGCGUGUGUGUGUGUGAGAGAGAGUGUGUGCGCGCAUUGUAGCUCUUCAAAAUCCUCAGACUUUUUUAUUUUUCCGUGUGUCAUUUCAAGAUUUCUACCACAGUCCUAUAAACAUAUCUGAGUAAUGUACAGAUUUUGCUCCCUUUUUAACGGAGGCUCGAGUGACUCCUUUCAAAGUGUAAGUGUGUCACGUCUGCCUUCUCUGUCAGGUUUUAUCAUAAACUACAGAGAAAUAAGCUGAGAAAGACGUGAGUCCUAUUUGGGGAGAUACUAUUCACUCCUCUUGCAAAUAAAAAUGAAAACAAUCAUUUGCUCUCUUCUGGCGUCAGAUGAAAAGAGACAAGGGUCACUGCUUUUCCUUGUUCGUUUUAGCCCCUGGUAGGGAUGCAUUUAGCCUGGGCCGGUCUUAACCAGAUGAUUCAGAGCGGUGAAAUAUUUAUUAUGACUGUGAGAUUCCCUUGAAUGUACUGCACUUAAAUUACUGCGAUGUUUUAUUGCCUUCUGGGAUUCAAGUGAAAGAGGAAAAAUUGGAUCAGUGCAGCAGACCUCUGGUCUUGAAAUUAGCAUUUCUUUUGUCAGUGGAAUUUCAAUGCUAAAUUGAAUUUAUUAAAUAAAGAGACAGAUGGAGCUUUGUUGUGGGGAAAUACUGGCAUCAGUCUAGAUUUAUGAAGUGCAAUUAUUAUGACUGUAUGAACAUUUUUUUCUCUGAGCUUACACCAAAAAAAUGUAAACUACAGUUGUCAAUACAUUCCCAAUGUACCACAUCCCAAAUCCCUAUCCUUUUUAUUUUGGUUUUGUUUUGAGGUGUAAAAUAAAUCUCUUUAAGAAUAUAUCCACAGGCCACAUCUUGGCUUUGCCGUCUGUCAUUAUUUUUUUUUUAUGUCGUUGUCCUUUAGAUCCUGAACCUUUACUGUAAAAACAUUAUUAAAGUCCUCAUCUUGAAUCCUGAGGGGAUCUAAAUACUGAAAAAAUGAUCAAUCCCCUGACAAUGUGAUGAAUUUCUCUUCCAAAUACAGAAGCAAAUAAUCUGUCCUGAUUUGAGCUGUUUUCCCCUCAAGACAACCAAAGUAAAUCUUGUCUAUGAGCCUUAAAAUGUGAGCUAUUAGUGUUUAUGGACCCUCCACUGUCAUUGAGGUCCUGACAGCCUGAAGAACACCAAGCCCCUUGGCUUAAAUUUUGCACAGUAAGCCUCCUUAACAUUCCAAUGAAAAAAAAAAAACUCAUGUUGUUUCAACAGCUUAAUGCCCCAGUCGUGGUCUGAUUCCGCCAUAUUUUCUGACUUGUAGAAAUAUUUUGACAGAUUUACAGAUACAUCCCAUCCCUAAAUCCCCUCCGUGUGGCUUCUGCAUCCAAGCAUUAAACCCUGUCACAUGAUGUUGGAGUCAAGAGCUGACACUUGAAGCAGCGGAGAUUGCGGUGUCUGGCCUUUCCCACCAGUGGAGGUCUGGGGCAACCGUCCUCUCAGUAAUGGGAGUAUUGGGUGACAGUGCCAGUGGAGAGUAUUCAGUCGCACAGAAGCUUGAAAUCAAACCCUUUUCAAAGAAAUGGAUUUCCUGUAAGGAACACAGAGGAGUACCAUCAUUAGACGGGCAAGAUUUGUUCAUUCACAAAGUUAGCACACCCCAUUCCCAAAUACUUGCUGACUUACAAGUUGAACCUUUAGAGACUGUAGUAGUUUAACAUUUUAGUAUUACUGUCAUGCAAGAAAAGAGACCAUAUGGAUCCCCGCAAAUUUGUACAUUUUUGGUGCCAAAAAAGUGUACAUUUUUCCUCUGAAAAGAGGCCUUUUUCUGCAGAAAACACGUCUUUCAACCUAAGGAAUUAUAAAUACGUGGCGAAACUCAUCCAACCCCGCAGCUUUUCCCCUGAGGAGUCUUUUUGACUACCUAAAGAUACCUCAGCUACGGUGAUGGACCUGUCCGCAUUCGUGUCCUCAGAC